UAUCUCCUGUCAUCAUUAAGCAUUCCAUCCUUUUCGAUCUGGAUGUGAGUGAUCAUAAAUUCUCUCAUCAUCGAACGAGUAAGGAGCAUCUCUUCGAGGGUCCAACAAGGAAAAACACCAUGGCUCUUGGCAACUACGCUACGGUAUACAUCAUCACCACCAUCCUCAUUUUGUCGUCUCAAGGUCGUGAGCUUACCAAACGUCAGACCAAUGAGGAAACUUCCUCAUCGACGACCACGGGCCCGCUCAAGUCCUACCAGAGCUUCAACAUGACCCCCAACGAGUCCGAGAAGGAGGAACUACCCGCUGGCUUCGGCGACUAUAACUUCGCAGUGUACGAAGCGGACGAAAUCGUCGACAGACACAACCUACUCCGUCGACAACCCGCGGCGAGAAACGACUUUGAAAGAAACGACCCAAACGCAAUUACGGCUUCAGAUAUGGAGCACAUGACAUGGGACGAUGAUCUGGCCUACAUGGCCUUGGCCUGGGCCAGAGGCUGCAGCUUCCACCACCCUCAGCCUGGGGAAAUGCAAAAUGUCUCCCCAUACGAAACGAUAGGCCAGAAUAUUUGGGCUUAUACAGGGACUAGAGACAGUCCACGUUCUGGUACUAAAGCAACCCAGGACUGGUAUGACGAGGUAGUGGACUAUACCUAUCAGGCCGGUAGCGGAGGGUACUGUGGUCGAGUGUGUGGUCAUUAUACACAGAUUGUUUGGGCCGCUACGAACAGGGUCGGUUGUGGCCGAAUGUUCUGUCCCAGUCUCAGCCGCACUUCCCUGAGAAACGCAUGGUAUGUCGUCUGCAAUUACGCCCCUGCAGGGAAUUACCAAGGCGUACAACCGUAUUCUAUUGGGACACCAUGUACCCAAUGUACCAGCGGUUCAGGACAAUGUUACAAUGGACUGUGCAGGCCUUGUGCAGAGCAUAACGAAGUCUGUGAAUGUGCUAUUGAUUCCUGUGAUAACUGUGGUGUGUUGGAUCGAUCUACCUGUACAUGUAAUUGCAAGGAUGGCUUCUACGGUGCGACCUGUCAAGAACGAUGUGUAGACACAUCCAGUCGGUGUUAUAAUACAUGGUGGCCACAAUUCUGUGACGGUUACGCGCAGGUUAGAGAAGGAUGUCCUCAGAUGUGUGGAUUAUGCAAUGCAGCAGAUCCAGACUUUGUUUGUCGACCAGGUCCACCUGAUCCACCCACCAAACCUGAAGUAUGCAACAUGAAAUUUACAGCAGCAGCUUAUAUCCGGGGAAUCCUCCAUCUUUUUAGGGAUGACAAAGUUUGGCGAGUUCGAACUAAUGGUGAGCUACUCUCUCCAGAAUCCGGUGAUUUGAUCAAUGAUUUCUUCACAAAUUUACCCAACAAAGUGAGUGCCGCCUACGAGCUUCCUACGGGAGAAGUCGUAUUUGCCAGAGGAAAAAAGCUGUUCAUGUACAUGGGCACCGUACGAACGGGGCGUAGUACGCUACCCACAGGAAUUCCCAAGGGACCUACUGGUGCAAUAUACAUUGCGUCAGAAGGGAAUACACACUUUCUCAAAGGCUCAAAGACAUACCUCUACAACGAAAGAUCAGGCCAGGUUGACAACACAUACCCAAGACCAAUUUCUGAUGUUUUCCCUGGUGUGCCAACCAAACUAACGAAUGCAUUCUCAGAUGCGAGUGGUAACAUGUAUUUUGUUCGAUCGAAGAAGGUUUUCAAGAUCAGCAGUGGUGGUCAGUCAGUGGACAGAGGGUAUCCUAAGUUCUUGACUGAAGUCUUCAUUAAUGUGUGUGCACAUUAAACAUAGACGACAGUUCUCACAUUUAAACAUUCCAAAACUGACGAGCCAGAUUACCGGAUCCCUUGGCGGCAAGCACAAUAAGUACUUGGGCGUGAUAUUAUGCGCUAGUCAAAAUGACCAGUCGUUUUACUUCAUCCAUGUAUUCCUUGGCUAUAUAUUCGAGACUCGGGGGGGGGGGGCACUUAUAUUGACGAGUGGAUACCAUGCGCGACCAAAAAACACGUAAAAAGGAUGUCUUUUUCAAGAUAGGGCACGUUACGUACGUACGUAACGUAAUAAGGGUGUCCAAAACACUAAAAUAAUGAAAAAAAGGGUAUCUAUUUUCGCUAGGAAAGCUAUGUGUUCAGGGUCAAAUUUGCGAGGGUGUAAAACAUUAACACUAAAAUAAUGAUAAAGGAUGUACUUUUUGCCCCAAGAGUCAACACUACGUGUUUAGAGUACGAUUUUGCGCGAGAUGCAUGUGCAUGGAGGUGGGGCUGUACUAUAAACCCAAUCAGGUAAAGGUAUAACCGACGACCGACGACAGUGACAUAACAAUAAAAAUAUCGUUGUACUUGUUUAGGGGGUCAAUUCAGGGAAUACUUGCCAAGAGUAUCGCUUUGUUUCCAAUACCUGUUAAGGGUAGGGUUUCACACGCCAAUACUUGUUAAGGGGUGCAUUUUCAGAAUAUGGAAAAUACGUGUUUAAAGGAAUGGUCCGGGCUGAAAAUAUUUAUAUCUUUAUACAUAGAGUAGAAUUCACUGAGCAAAAUGACGAA